CGGAGUUUUUUUUUGGUGGUGUUGUAUUGGUUUUCUUUGUUAUUGUUCCACUUCGAACGUGUUACAAAUGGCAGCACCAUCGCUGCCAAUUCAAUAACGAAUCAACGCAUUUUGAUUAGAUUUUUAGACAUUUUUCAGAACGAAAUUCGUUUUCCAUGUUUUUCUUAUCAAAAAAAUCCAAGAAAUAUUGAAAAAAAAAAUUGAAAAUAUUUUUUUUCUUCAUUUUCUCUGUCAAUUCUUUCCAUAACGAUGGUUGAACGUAUGAAAUUCAACAAAUGCAACAGUGAAACAUUGAAAAGCAGCAGCUGUCAUUUCAAGCUGUCAAGUGAAACGUUUGACAGUUGCGUCGGAUAUUCUCGAAAUUGAAAACAAACACCGAAUCGACACGAAAUCACACAAACCAAAUAAAUUAUCCACACAGCAAAAGUAAAAUGGAUUCAGUGGAAGAGAAGAAGGGAAAGAAUAAUGAGGAUAAGCCGAAAUUUGUGGCGAGAACGCCAACCGAUAUACAGCGCAUCAAGUUGGAGAAACUGAUGAAGAAUCCACAAAAAGAAGUGAAUAUUCCCCAAUUGAAUUCGAAGAAGAAUGGCGGUGAUGGUAUCGGUGAAACGCCGUCAUUCGUGCGAAAUGUAAUGGGUUCGAGUGCUGGUGCCGGCAGCGGAGAGUUCCAUGUAUACAGACAUUUACGUCGAAAGGAGUACGCGCGACAAAAGCAAAUACAACAACAAGGUGUAAAGGAGCAAAUGGAAGAUGACUUCCGCCGAAAAAUCGAACAGAAUCGUUUGUUGGCUGAGCAGAAAACGGCGAAAAAACGCGCCAAACGUCUGAAGAAGAAGCAACGUGCCAAACAUCGAAAGCCAAAUGAAAAUGCUAUGGCCAACGAAUCACAAAAUUCAGAGUCUAGUGACAGCGAUUCAAAUGAUGAUGUCGAUAACAAGAAGUCGGCAUCAGGUGAUGUUGAACCUAGCGAAAAAGACUCGAAACCGGAAAAUACGGAUGAAACUGAACACAAUCCGAAUAAAAAAGAUGAAAAAGACGAUUCAGAUUAAGAAAAAUGAUUUAUAUUAUUGCUUUGCACGGUCAAUCAAUGGCCAAUUAAUCUAAGCACUUUGUAAUAAAAACAAAAUAAUUUUGCAGCAGUUAAGCAAAU